CGAGAAAACUCCCGUUUAGGACCACAAAUCCAUUUGGCCAUUGCUUCUAUAGUUGGGAACAGUAAUUGCUCCAACGGUUUUGCCCUGUGUUAAGAGCCGCGGAGCUACCGAUCACGGUUUGAUGUGUAUUUGCGGCGCCCGACAUAACAAGAACGUUUACAACGACCAGGAGAGCUUCCAAACCAACAGACGGCUCGAGCGGCAGCCAUGGGAUCUCUCCAACAAAUUCUUGAAAUCCUCCAAACCAAUCUGCUCAAUCCAUUACAACCGUACCUCAAACCUAUCACCUCCGCUCUCCCCGAACCUGUGGAUGAUGCUCUACUGUCCCUCCUCGGCGAACACUGCCAUUCAACCCUCAUUCGUUCCCUGGACGUCACCGCAGACCCAGCAUGUCUACCUCUAGCGGUUUCCAAAACCCUAGGCGUGGCAAUUGUCACCUUUAGUGCAAUAGUCAAAGUUCCACAGAUCCUGAAACUUCUCUCCUCACGCUCCUCUGCUGGUGUAUCGUUUACGUCCUACGCGCUCGAGACUACAAGCCUUCUUAUUACCCUCGCGUACAAUGCGCGUCAGAAGUUCCCUUUCAGCACUUAUGGCGAGUCCGCACUAAUUGCCGCACAAGAUAUUGUGGUUGGCAUCCUAGUGCUCUUGUUUUCUGGCCAGACAGCGGCGGCCGGUGCGUUUGUUACGGCCGCUGCGAGCAUUGUUUAUGCUCUCAUGUUCAGCGGUGAAACGUUUGUGGAUCAGGCGACAAUGGCUUAUUUGCAGGCUGGCGCGGGUAUCCUGGGCAUCGCGAGUAAAGUGCCGCAGAUUCUGACUGUGUGGCAGGAAGGGGGUACAGGACAGUUGAGCGCGUUUGCGGUAUUCAAUUACCUCCUCGGUUCCAUGAUGCGCAUCUUCACCACCAUCCAGGAGGUUGACGACAAGCUGCUCCUCUACGGCUUCGUAGCUGGAUUUGGCCUUAAUCUGGUCUUAGGCUUACAGAUGCUGUACUACUGGAACGGACCAGCUACCGCUCCAGUGAAUAAAUCGGCAGGCAAGGGGCACCAGCGGAUGGCAGAAGUCCAGAUCCCGGUUGCAAAAGGCUCCGGCGUCUCUCCCAGCUCUUCUGGAAAGGCCCCAACAACGAGACGGAGGGGCUAAAUUCGUUUUGUUAUGAGAUUCUUUCAUGUGUUCAACUUCCGAGUGUAUCUCAGCUUGCAUGCUACGCUUCCUUCUAUUCUAGUCAUUCCAUAUUAGUGAAAAUUGCACCAUAAUUCUAUAUAGUUUUACUAUCAAAUGAGUUAAAUAAAACAGCUUACUGG